AAUAGAGAUAUAAGUUUUUUGUUAAUUGUAGUUUUUUAUUAUUAUUUAUUUUUGUUGUGCAAUUUAUUACCUGUGGUCCUUAAAGCAAAUUAGAAAAACUGAGUGCUUACUUUGGAAAACUGACUUGAAACAAAAUUUUGACUAUAGCCUUUUUUGUUGCAGUGUUGAACUUAAAGUUAAAGUACUCUAAAGUGAAAGACUCUGUUUGUUCUGUAUGUUAUUUCAUUUAAUUUUAUACAAUCUACUGGAAAGUUAUAUUUGUCAGGCUCUAAGCUGUUCCCAAUUACUAACCAAGCACAGGCUGCUAUGUUUUAAGUUGACAUGUUGCACAUGUUGAUUGCCAAUAAAUGCAGUUGUCAAUUCAUGAUAUUCCUCUUCUUGUAAUUUCAAUACUUAGUUUACAUUGUUGUUAGAUAUAGGUUAAUAAAUAAUGCUACAUGAUAAGGCUUCAAGUAGACCCUGUAAUCGGUGAUUGGUAUCGGUAUCGGAUGAUACAGCUUCUAGUGAUCGGAGAUCGGUGAUCGGCCCCAAAAAUCCUGAUCGGAGCACCCCUAAUAUUACACAUGUUAAUAAUACAUGUUCGUAAGAAUUAUAGUUUGUGCUAGUAUGCAAAUUUGUGCAGAAAUUAUGUAAGACACAUUUUAUUUUGAUUUAUUACAGUUUCACAUUUUCUUCAGUAAAAAGCUAGGUACGACUAAAUUACAGUCUUGGUGAUUUAUUGACGAGUCUUUAGUUGCUGGGUAUAUGUUCGUAAAACAAAGGCCAGAAUAGAUGUUGUGUGUUCUCCCUCUAUUUCCAACGCCCCUGGUUACAUGUAUAGUAACCAUUAGAGAGGUGGAAUGGAGUUUCUAGAUGAAAAACUGAAGGAGGAGAAAAAUUGAAUUAAAUAUAAUGGGAGGGAAGUAAAGGGGUGAAAUAGAAGGGAUGAAAGAGGGUUAAAUGGAUGUAAGUUGAAUAUUUUUGAGCUGUACACUGGAUUUCUUCAUCAGGUUUGGAGGUUUUACGUUGAUGAUUGAAUGGGAGCAUUAGUUGGUCGCAGAAAUGCAAUGGGCAUGAUUAUAGGGAAGUAUGAAUAUUAUCAGAAUAAAGGUGCUGUUUAAUCAUCUCUAAACCAGAGUGUUUCCCCUUCUGUCCAUCAGUUACUGGAGUGUAUAUCUGUGUGAUUGUGUGAUCCAACAUAACUUGCAAUAAUGUGACAAAGGCUCUGCAUUUUAGUGAAAUUUUGCUUUAAAAUGUUAACAAGAACACGAUUUGAAGCAUGGAUCUCCCAUUCAACCAUUGCAACACACAUUACACAUGCUUUGUUUAAAUCACAUAUACAGAACAGGGGAAUAAAUCACACUCCAAACUGAUGUGCAGUAUUAAACUGUGUAGCAGUAUUUAAUAUUUUAAUCUGUAAUACUGUUGUUUUGAAAAUGAAUGAAUACAAGGGAAAUAUAGAUAGAUAAAUGGAUGGAUGUACAUUAUUGAUCCUGACUAGGAAAUUGAUUUUGUUAAAUCAACAAGGUAGUUCAAGUAUAAAACAUGAAUGUACAAUAUGCAGCCUGCCGUUUAAACAGUGACCAUAUACACAAAUGAAAUUUGCCAAUGAAAAACAUUGAAGUACAAUAUGUAAGAUGGAUUCUUCACAGUAAAUAAUAAACAAUUAAUAAAUGCUGACAACAGAUAUAACAUAGAGGCUGUGGCAGGGAGCCAAACCACACUGUGGUACACUGAGCAUCUAACAGUCAGGGUUGAGCUGUGCAGUCUGAUGGCUGUUGGUAAGAUUGAUUUCCUGUAUUGCUCUUUAUGAUAGUGGAGCUCAGUAAACCUAUUGGAGAAACUGCUGCACCGUUUCAUCAGUAGGUCAUGAAGAGGAGUCUAUUGGUGCCUCCACUGUGCUUCAUAGUCUAUAGGGAAAACCUAUUGAAGCUGGACUGCCUUAACUAUGCCAAGAUGGACUUGCUGGUUCCUGGCCCAGAUGAAAGAGGAGGGAGGAUGAUGUUCAGGUUUCUGCUGAUCCUCUGCCUUGGUCACUGUCUCCCUGCUGUCUUAGGGGCAGAUUCAAGUAACGACAGUCAUGUCGGAGACACUGUCAUGCUGCCCUGUGAUGGCCCAGCAGCUACAGACACCAAUGAGGUUCAUGUUAUGUGGAUGUUUGAAGGCAGACCUGCCUGUGAAUAUGAAAAUGGGACCUGGUGUGAAAUUGGUCAUCAUGUGAAUCGAACUCGGCUUGGAUCCAUCCGACAGAACAACUUCUCUUUGGUCAUUAAUCCUGUCAGAAAAGAGGAUGACGGGGCGUAUGUGUGUCGAAUCAAUGGUAAAGUUAUACGAAUCAUUCGCCUCAAUGUUGACGGAGACGGGAAGCCUGAGGAUGCAGUGAUGCCCCCUGGAGGAGGCCGGAAGCGCAGGGAUGCAGGGACGGCUGGCGAAGUAUGUAGGCCAUACAGAGAGAGAGAAGAUCCUCCAGGGUCAGAAACCAAAGACAAACAGGAUUUUGAUGAAAACCUUUCAGGAAGAAAACGGGAGAUGAUUGGAGUGACCGUGUUGUUGAUGGUGACUAUGGCUGUAGCUCUAGUGUUGUUUAAAAGGAAUCGGCAAAGAGCUAAAAAGCUGCCUGAUCUGGGACCAUCUGAAGAUGCCCUGAUUAAUGGUGCCUCUGUCCAUGCUGGGGAAAGCAGUGCUGAUAAGAAGAUGGAGGAACCAGCUGUGUGAUAAAAAAGGUCAAAUAAUACAGUGGAAUCAGUUGGAGGGGACAGAUGGCGCGCAGUGGUUAACCCGCUAGAAGCGAGUUGCAGUAGUCCAGGCGUGAGAUGACGAGGGACUGGACGAGUAUCUGGGUAGCCUGAGUGGAAAGAAAUGGACGUAUCCUCCUGAUGUUAAAGAGGAGAAACCGACAAGAGCGAGAAAGACUGGCGAUAUGUGAGGAAAAGGACAACCGAUCAUCUAUGGUAACUCCAAGGUUGCGAGCAGAAACCGAAGGACGGAUCAGGGAGUUGUCAAAGGAGAUCGCAAGGUCCUGGAGGGGGGAUAAAUUACUUCAAUCUGCUUUGUAGCUUUCGCUCUCAUAUUAUCUGUAUAAUGCAUGAAUGUAAUGUUAAACUUAAUAGGGUUGGGACUAUUGAUAAGGCAGCUAAAUAACAGGUGGUUUAACCUAACAGACAUGCCCACAUUGUGAGCACCAGUUGUGUAAAUGUCUACCAGCCAUAAAAUGGCUUCUGAAUUGUUGCAGUAUUUUCGUAUGUCUGGGGACCAGAAAAUAUAAGCCGUUUUCAAGCAGCUUCAAAAGAGUUUUCCCUUUUUCGGCAAACUGUCAUCGGCACCUUCCGAUCUCGCAAACAAAGCCAAACCCACAGGGUCAGCGUCAUAACAGCAUGUAGCGUCCAGGGAGAAGGUCAGCACACUUUGGGCUAAAGGCCGUGCUGCUGCGGUGGAUGGUGUACCUACAAUAUUAACAUAGCUGAGAGAGGCACUUAAUAAAGUAAACAGACUGUCAGCCGCUGUGUAUAAAGAGAGUCAGAAAUACUGAGUGAUAAGUGACUGGUAAAUCAGAUGUGUUAAAUAAAAGACUGAAUUGUACAGUGCAGGUUUGGAUUUAAAUGAUGAUAAUGUCAAUAAUUUUUUUAAGAUUUUACUAAAUUUACUCCCCCAGCCCUGAAAUUUAGCAAUAUAUACAUAUAUAAUAUUUAUUUCUGACUUAUUUAGUAUAAAUACUGCUUUUUUCUAGGACGCUCAGUGGGUCUCACUGUACAGUAGGGUUGUUGGUUUGAAUCUCUGAACUCUGGUGGCGCCACAUACCUUAAAUUUCCUUAAAUUCUUCUAACUUGUGCCUUUAUACAACUUUAUCCCAGAAGCCUUUUUAAAGCACUUUCCCAACCAGGCUGAUUUCUUUUUCAGAAUCUUGCACUACUAACUGUGAAAUCUUCAAAAGACAGCUGGAGGUAAUCAAAACCCCAACAGUUUGUCAGAUGGGGCAGUUAGCCUAGUGUUUGAUCUGGCAGCUGAUUGGUUGCAUCAGAGCCAGUUUAGAAAGGUGCAUUAUAUGGGGCUGAUGUUGGAGUUAGACUCCGCCGAGUCCGUUGAUGAGGAAAGAGAUGCACACUGGAGGCCGAGGAUGGUUGUAAGUCCGCUCUCUUUAUUCCUUGCACAGAUCGCGAUCCGGGAGCCACACUCAGAUGCACAAACAGUACAUACCUGAGGAAGCUCAAACUCUAUUGUCUGUGUCUGGCUUAUAUAGCCCGUCUGGGCGUCUGCUGGUCUUGUUAUUUUCCACUCCCGUGAAAUACAACUCUAUUUUGACAUUUGCCUAUUGCUAGUCCCAGUAGGUCAAGAGUAAGCAUAAUGUCACAACAACCCUGCAACACACACCUUCUGCUUUUUCUGCUACACCACAGUCUAGGGCGAGGCCCCCUCCCCUGCCUACCCGCAAGUUGGUUCCUAUUUUUUAGUGUGACAAAGUUUAGCACAAAGCUUGGCCCCCCUUCACUUGAUCACUUUACUCAACCAGGUUUUUCACUAAUUGAUUAUAAUAAUUGUCCAAAAUGUUUUAAAAUGUUAUUUUCACAUUGACAAUGAGGGCUAUGAUGUGUACCUACAGCUAAAAAAAGAAUUGGACCAAAGCUGUAGAUUUUAACAGGGUGAUUGACUUUGUAUAGGCACUGUAUGUGUAUGUAUGUUUAGAUCAGCUUUUCUCAACAGCACCCACUGUUAUCACUGCAUUUCAUUAAUAUCUUGCUGCACACAUAUGAAUGUUAAGAAGCUUGAAAAAAUUCUGAUUACCGUCUUAUUCUCCAGUUGAAAAAUGCACUUUUGCUGAUUUACAUAAUAAACUUCCUCUGUUUUUGACUGUUU